AUGUAAAGGUAAACACUGAAGAAUUCCAGAAAAAUCUAGACCCCACUCGAUAAAUACUACUCCCUCCGUUCUUCGCCAACCAUAACACAGCAUACCCAAAAUCUCCACUACCUCACGCGAUCAUCUUUCGUCGCUCAUUCCACUCGUUGAUUCGAUUCGAUUCCUUAGCUUCACAUCUCCAUGGCGCUAUACAGAUUUUUGAAGAGGAAAGGAUGUGUUGAUGAAGUUAACGACGAUUUCCCUCUCUCUUCUCCCGCUACCAAGAUUCGCCGUCUCGAUGCCGAGUUGCCGCCAAUUGUGGAAGAAGAGGAACCGUUACCGUCGCCGUCCCCGUCACCGUCACCUAACGAUGAGAGAGCUCUCGUCCUUUUCAAACCUCUUGCUCAUUCCCCUUCCUCUUUCUCAUUCACCGUCGAUUCUAACCUUAUCAAUGAAAUUACGAACAAUCAAUUCAUGUUGUCCAAACAGGGUGAUGACAUUGUGACAGGGUUACAAUCACGUGAGAAGAGUAAUGAUGAAUUGGCUCUCGUGCCUUGGGUACCUACUUCUUACCAGUUCUUUGAUGUUCAUGAUAUUGACGACUCAAACACUGAGUUGAUGGAAGCUGAUGAAAUGGAAGAAGGUGGUGGUUCUAUGAUGAUGGAUAUUGAACAAGAAGGUGACAUUGAUAGUGACCCUAAAACUUGCACACCGAGCAUUCACUUCCCAACAGCACACUCUGGAAUAACAGAGGGAUUCCAGCAACACUGCUUGUUGCCUCAGCUUCCUCACCACACCUCAACACCCAUCUCUUGGACCCGCUGAGAUUUGUUUGUUACCUCUGCCACUUAUUAAGCAACUUUUUCCCGUAUUUAGGACAAGGGUUUGUAGACUAGCCUGAACCCGUUAGUUAUAGUUUUCUUUUGCGCUAUGGGAAUCUCUCGCAUCUUGUGCAACUGGCUAUGGAAGUGUCACCAACAAAGGAAAAUGAAUGUGUAUAAUGUUUUUUGUCGCCAUCUAUGAAUUGCUUUUCAUUUUUC